AUGGUUAUACUUCUCAAAGUUGAGGAAGUAGAGCAAUCUAAAGGUUUUAUCAUAUUUUCCUUAACAAAUGGUCCUGAGUAUCAUAUCUUACAGAUUGCAGAUGCAGUGGUUGUAGCCAGAUACCUAGGAGCCACUCUUGUUCUUCCUGAUAUCAAGAGUAGCAAGUCAGGAUAUAGCAUGAAUCUUGGAGAUGUUUAUGAUGUUGAAAAUAUUUUAAAUAAACUAAAUGGGUUGGUGAAAGUAACAAAAACACUCCCUCCUCAAUUGUCUACUAGAAACACACCAACUAUACAAGAAAUAGCUGAGUCAAUAGUCCAAAAUCUACAAACAUGGAGCCAUGAAUCAAAUGGACAAUUUGUUGCAGUGGAUUUGAGAACUGAAGUUUUGAAAAUUGAGUGUAAUGGAAAAGAUAAAAGUGGUAGAAAGCAAUGUUACCAAGGAGAUGAGAUUGGUGAGUUUCUUAAGAAAAAUGGAUUUGGUCAAGAAACUGUUGUUUAUAUCACUCAGACUAAAUGGAGUACUGAUCUUAAUUCACUGAUAUAUAUGUUCCCAAAAACAUAUACCAAGGAAAAUAUAAUGUCUGCAACUGAGAAAGAAAAGUUUCUAAGCUCAGAAGGCAUUGAAAUUGAGAAGGCCAUUGAUUUCUUUGUAUGUUCUCAAAGUGAUAUCUUUGUGCCUUCAGUUUCUGGACUCUUCUAUGAAGCUGUUGCUGGGAUGAGAAUUGUGUCAGGGAAAAAUCAAACCAUUGUUCCUAGUGAAAUAGUGAGUUCAUCAGCUUCACUCUCUGACUACAUGUCUCCAUAUGUGACCAAGAAGAACCAUUUUGCUUAUAAAUGCUAUUGCUUAGUUAAUUAA